AUGGACUCAAGAGUAUUCUCCCCCUCAAAAGUCAAAUCCACACCCUCACAACUCCGUGGUGGACCACCAUCUCGGUUGUCACCUGCCAUCAUGAACGACGUGCCCAGCGCAACACCUCGGUUUUCGCUGGCCAGCAUCGCUGCGUUAAACUCAGACAUGCUUGCUAAGGAAUUUGGCAAUGGUGAACACCAGGCAGCUGCGCGUGCACUGCUCAGACACGACACCCACCUCGACGGCACUCAUCUUCAAACAAGGAAACCCACUGGCCUUCAUCCUUCAUACAUCACUUUCAACUUGUAUACCACAUUUAGGCUAUAG